AUGGACUUCUUCCGCCCGCAGAAACAAACCGUUCCUUUUGUCCUACGGGCUGUGAAAGAUGUGCUCCUCGAGGACAGGCCAGUUCCGUCGCUCAAAGACCCUUGGGAUGUGCGAGUUCAUGUGGCGCAGACUGGUAUUUGCGGAAGUGACGUGCACUAUUGGCAGCGAGGACGGAUCGGAGACUUCAUCCUAAACUCGCCCAUUGUCCUCGGCCACGAGAGCUCUGGCACCGUCGUCGAGGUCGGUUCUGCAGUCAAAAACCUUAAAGUGGGCGAUAAGGUAGCAAUCGAGCCUGGCGUGCCAUGCAGACACUGCGAUUACUGCCGCAGCGGAUCUUACAACCUCUGCCCUGACACCGUCUUCGCUGCGACCCCUCCACACGACGGCACGCUCUCCAAGUAUUAUAUCACCCAAGCAGAUUACUGCUACCCGGUACCAGCACGUAUGAACUUAGAAGAAGCUGCACUGGUGGAGCCAGUCGCGGUAGCAGUGCAGAUCACCAAGGUCGGCAAGGUGAGGCCAAAUCAGACCGUUGUGGUCUUCGGGUGCGGGCCCAUCGGGUUGCUUUGCCAGGCUGUGUGCAAGGCAUACUCGACAAAGAAGGUAAUUGGAGUGGACAUCAGCCAGUCACGGGCGGACUUCGCCAAGACAUUCGGCGCAGACGAUGUAUUCGUCCCUCCCUCGAGACCGGAGGGAACAGACGAUAGCGCAUGGAACGAAGCGGUGGCAAGAAUGAUGAAGGAGCAGUUCAAACUAGGCGAAGGGCCUGAUGUAGUUUUGGAGGCCACUGGAGCGCAGUCGUGCAUUCAGACUGGAAUCCACUUGACCAAGAAGGGCGGAACCUAUGUGCAAGCAGGCAUGGGACGCGAGAAUGUUAUCUUUCCCAUCACAACUGCGUGCAUCCGCGACUUGCACAUCCGAGGCUCUAUUCGCUACACUGCCGGUUGCUAUCCGACAGCCGUGGAUCUGAUCGCCAGCGGUAAAAUUGAUGUCAAGCGGCUGAUCACGAAUCGCUUCAAGUUCGAGCAAGCAGAGGAGGCUUUCGAUCUCGUACGGCAGGGUAAUGAAAGCGUUAUCAAAGUAAUCAUCGAAGGUGUUCCUUGA